UGCGUUGCGCAGUAGUUGAUAUAUAAAGAUGGUUGUGCGCAUAAAGUUAAAGUGACUUAGGCAUCAUGUUCCGCUAAAAACAACGCUAUUUUCCGCAUGAAAAUUGACAUAUCACGGAAGAUUAAUUAUAUAAUCAUUUUUUUGCCACCACAAAAUUAUUAUUGCUACCAAAUAAUCAUAUAUUUAUAAUUAGUACAUUAAUUCAUAAUGUCCAGCACUUUUAUUAUAGAACCUCAUGAUAAGGACACAAAAAAAGACGAUAAUCUUAUUAUUGUGAUCAACGAUGAUGGAACUAUGGCUGUUGAUCAAGAGACUUUACAAAAUUUAUUAAUAAACAAAUCAAAUGCAAAUGUUAGUGUUGUGAGAGUCGGGCCAACAGACAAUGAUGUGGUCAAUGGUAAUUUAACAUUCACUGUUGAUCCAUCGCAUUUUGAACCUAUUGGUUCUCAAUCAUCUAAUACGGCCUCCAGUACCAUUGAUACUGCUCUCGAUGAUCCUUUUAUGGAAAUGGAUCCUGAACAGUUAGAGAAGCUUGAAACAGCUUUACAAAGUGAAGAAGCUAAACAAAUACUUGGAGAAAAUGUUGCUGCAAUGCUCGAUAUGUUGACAGUAGAGGAGCAUCAAAAUUCUAUUAAAUUUGCUAUAGAAUUAGAUCAUUGCUAUACCAGCCGAUCAUCACCCUUGGAUCCAGAACCGUUAGAUCCUCUACCAAUAGUGAAUUCACCUGAAAAUAAUCAGACUGACACAAUAAUUUCGACGAUACACCACCAAUCACAAUUGUCAGCAUCAGCAGUAACAGAAGAUGGAACUCAAACCGCAGUAUCUCCAGUAAAAAUAACAAUAAAAACUAAACAACCUGUUGGUCGUCCAAGAAAAAUACCAGUUUCUAGUGUCCAAACAUCAAACAUUUCCAAGUCUUCCACCACAAACAGUUUUCGAAGUUCAAUUCCUCCUCAAUCAGAGACUCGAAAAUCAGUGACAAGAGGAAAUGAAGAAGAGGAAGAUAAAACAGAAGAUUUAUCAUCUUCUACAGAGUCUUCAGACUCUGAAUCAUCAGACAAUGAUUCUGAUUUUGGACCACGUGGACCCAGAAGGUCGGGUAUUAGAGCUCGUGGAGGUCGUCGCGGACUUACGACUCGUGGUGGCAGUAUGUCAGCAACACGAAGACGCGGUACCAGCAAACGAAUGGAUAGUGAUCAAGUACGCAGGCUAGAUAUUGAAAUGGCUGCAGCAGUUGAUGCAAUGAAAAGUCCUGAAAAAUUGGAAAAAGAUGAUAAAUUACCUUCAAGUCAGUUUAGAAAACAAAUUAAAGCUGCUCCUAGUCGAAAAAAAGAUGAAGUUCCGUUACUACGUCAACCUUCCAGUGAAUCGUUAGUUGUUCCUGAAAAAAUAUUACAAACGACGAAUCAAACAAAGGCAAAUCUCAUAAGUGCUAAUAUGAUAAAAGGUGAUAUGAUUUUAACAAAACCGGGUCAACUUAAAAACCAAAAAGUUUAUUUCAUUCAAAAAAAAGUUAUUGUUAAACCUGAAGAAAUAACAAAUCUUGAAAUAAAACAAACUCCUGUAAUUACAACUAAGGAUCUUAUUAAGCCUACAAAUCAAAUCCAAACGAAGCUCAUAACUUCACAACAUGGUAAAUUGGUGGCAGUGACACCAAAGUCUACAUUUACAGUACAUACCCAGCCACAAAUCACACAGUCAGAUACUGAUGUAAAUACGAUAGCGCCACUAGUGACACAAUCUCCAGUACAAAAUCAACUUGUGCAAAAACAAAUACUUAAAAUUUCCCCUGUAACACCGUCGUUUAAAAUAAAACCGUUAAUAGAAGUAAAGAAAGAAAAAAAAAAAUCAGAAAGUAGUUGCGAGCCUUGUCCAAAAAUUGAAGAAUCUUUAAAACCACUGGAUACUAAACCUUCUGAUGGAGUUAAAAAACAUAUUAAAAAAGAACAACGAAAGAGUCCUGGUAAUUUGGCAAAUACAUUAGAGCCGGCGUUAUUUUCUACCCCUGAUAUAAUUAGAAGAGUUGGUUCAAAUGCUGAACUAAAUCCUAAAGGAUCUGAUUCAAAUAUGCCAUUUACUUUACCCUUGUCUGGUUCUAAUACUUCCGAAGCAGCUGCAAUGCCUUCAAAUGUCGUUUCAUCGGAUACUGCUCCUAAAUCUGAUGCUCCCACUAUUAAUACAGAAGUACAACCUGAAACGAAUAGUAUCAUGUCCCAAUCCUUAACUAGUGCAGACGAUCAAGCUGUGAUGUUUAAUUCUGAAGAACAAGAAGAAAAAAGUGGGCCAAAAUUAUCCGCUGCUGACGAUCUGUCUUCUUUAGACCCUGCAUCAAAUGCAAUUGUUAAUGAAGAAAUUGGAAAAUCUGAUGAUUCUGUUCAAAAUAUUGUUUCUGAUCAAAAUGGAAUAGAAGAAACAGAACAUCUUCUUGCAACAUUAGAAAUGGAAGCUAGUAAACAUGAAGAAGAAUUGCUUGCAGAGGCAUUGCUACUUCAAGAACAACUUGAUGUGGAUUUAACAGAUCCUACAUCAUUAGAUGAGUCGACUAAUGCGGAUCCGGAGUCGUUGCUGGCAACGGCGGCUUUCAACACUGAAAUGUUACCAGCUAUGAGCACGGAAUCUCCUUUAGUUAAACCAACAGAAGCACACUCGUCAAUAGAUAAUUUAGUCAACAGCCACGACUCUGAACAGCUGAAGAAGAAAAGCAUAAAAGAACAACCAGCACAAAUUAUUCGCGGUGGACGAAUAAUAACUUUGCCGCCUAUCGAGGCGCCAGCAACACGCAGCAAAAGGUUACAAGUUAAAUUUGAGCCCUCGUCUAAACUUGAUGAUCUGUCAAAAAAAAGUGACAAAGUCAAAAAACAAGUUCCACAAAUCAACCAAAUAGAGGAUAUGGAAUCUGAAAUAGAUGAUGAUGAUGAAGAAGAAAAUUCCGACUCUGAAGAUGAUCCUAACAGACUAUGGUGUAUUUGUAAACGCCCGCAUAAUAAUCGAUUUAUGAUUUGUUGUGAUGUUUGUGAAGACUGGUUUCAUGGAAAAUGUGUUCACGUGAGUAAAGCUAUGGGCAAACAAAUGGAGGAACAAGGAAUAGAGUGGGUCUGUCCUAACUGUUCUAAAAAAAAGGUUGAACAAGUACCAAAAGUAUCUAAACCACCAACAAUAAAACCAAUUAAAACAGAAUCUCCAACACCGACUCAAAAUAUUGAAACUCCAUCACCACAACCUUCAGAAAAAUCAGGCAAGCCGACACCUAGUGUUAAACAAAAUGUUUCGUCAAGUCUUGCAGUAACUCAGUGCGUUGUGUGUAAAAAAGAGGCAAGAUCGUCCAGCAUUUAUUGUUCAGACGCUUGUAUUCUUACCCAUGCCCAGGAAACAUUAAUUAAAGAUAAACAAGUAGUUCCAUCUCCUCAAUCAAAACCCAAAAGUGACACUUCAAAAUCAAAUUUAGAUGCGAGAGUGAUUGUUUUUGAGAAAAAAACAGGAAAAGUUUUGACGGGUAAUGAUGCGCCUCUAGCAUCUAAUUUGAAAACUUGGUUAAAAGAACAUCCGACAUUCGAAGUUGUUCGCUCGAGUAAUUUAAAUACUUUACAAAUCGGCGGGAAAACUCUUUCGGCGAUUCAAACACAAGGAUCAGGAAAAAUAAUGAAGGCUGAUCAACAAUCGCCAACAGUUCAACCGAAAAUGGUUUUUGCAAAAGUUAUUGGCUCUAAACAAACAGUAUUAGCAUCAAGCAAUAAAAAAGUAACUGUGAUUUCAAACUUACAAAAUUCAAAUAUCGUCUCAAAAAGUGGUCCGGUAAAACAAAUAAUUGUUGGUUCAAAUAAAAGUCCAACGAUUUUAAAACAAACGACGUUAAAAAAUGUUGUAAAUCAAAAUAAAAUUCCUCCGAUAGUAAUUAAGCAAAGUUCAGUUAAAAAACAGGAACAAAAACCUUUGGCAACACCAGUAAAGACACAACAGAAAUCUUUGAAUUUAAAAAAAUCCGAACCUGAACCAAUACGAUUAAAUGUUCGUAAAACUUUGGCGGAAUUGUUAACAAGCAGAAUUAAGGAAGCAGAUGAUUUGAAGAUAAGUAAUGAAGAAAUUGAAAAUCUCGCUUUAAAAAUAGAAUUAGAAAUGUACAAAUAUUUCCGGGAUACUGGUUCGAAAUACAAAGCUAAGUACAGAAGUCUUUUAUUUAAUAUAAAAGAUACUAAAAAUUUGACAUUAUUUAGAAAAAUAGCCGAUAAAUCUUUAACGCCGGAUGCUGUUGUUAAAUUAAGUCCUGAAGAAAUGGCGAGUCAAGAAUUAGCUGAGUGGAGAGAAAAAGAAACACAGCAUCAGUUGGAAAUGAUUAAAAAAAAUGAAUUAGAUCUUAUGGCUCAAGCAAAAUCAAUUGUCGUUAAAACUCACAAGGGCGAACAAAUAAUUGAAAAUGACGGCAAUAUUGAGGCUGUCGAUCCAAAAACUCCUGUCCAAGAUAUUGUAACUGUUUUAAAUAACGUAGAUAAUACGUGUUCAGAUAUUUUAGAUGAAAAAGAGGAUACUUUGUCUUCAUCAAUUGAAGAUUUUAAAAAAAUAAAACGCAGUGAUGACAAAAAAAUAAAAGAAAAGGAUCGCGAGAGAGAAAAAGAUGGCCAUAGAUCGAGAAAAAAUAAAGAUUUAAGGGAUAAAGAUUCAAAAAAAGAUAGAAGUACCAGUAGAAGUAAACGGCAUCGUAGCAGAGAUCGAAGUCGGGGUCGGAGAAAAAGUAAAGACGAGAAACGCGAUAAAGAAAAAAGUCGCGAGCGUGAUCGUGAAAAAGAUAAAGAAAAAAGUAAAGAUAAAUCAAAAGAUAAAGAUCGGUCGCGAAGAAGCAGCAAAAGCAGGAGUAGUUCGCACAGCAAAAGUAGUCAUAAGGAAUACAAAGAUAAGGAUAAGAAACGGAGUGAGCAUGGGGAUGAAUUGAAACGAGAUAACGAUAAAAAGAAAGAAUCGAUAGUUCAAACCGGCAAAUUAAUUGAAGAUCGUUUGUGGAGACACGUUGAGGAAGAAACGACGACCAACACAUUAGACGGCAAUGAUUCAGACGUUUCUGACAGAGAACCGAGUUCGACAGUAAAUAUUGAAACUCCAGAUAUAAAUGAUGAGGUGGAGAAAGAAAAAGAAGCUGCGGUAGAGAUUAAACCGACAAUUAUUACUAAAGAUCCAGUAAAAAAUUCAUCUCUGACAGUUUGGCGUGGGUUCGUUAAUAUGGUGGAUGUUGCUAAAUUUUUUAUAACAGCUCAAGAAGUAAGCGGGCAUGCAAAAGAACUCAUGGAAGAUUUACCAGAUACUUUUGACGUCGUUGGAAGAAUCAGCCAUGAAACUGUUUGGGAUUACAUUUCUAAAAUGAAGAAGACUGGAUCUAAAGAAAUAAUAAUAAUACGAUUUACAGCAGCUAAUGACGAAGAAAAAAUUCCAUACAUAACUCUCUACAGUUAUUUAAAUAGUCGAAGUCGGCUAGGAGUCGUUGGAAAUGUCUCGAAAAAUAUAAAAGAUUUUUACAUAAUGCCUUUUUCGAGUCAGAGCCAAAUACCGCCUGUAUUGCUGCCUCUCAACGGCCCAGGUUUUGAGGAACAACGACCUCAUUUAUUACUGGGUAUAAUUGUACAAAACAAACGGAAACGCAUAUCUCACACCCCACUUCCAGUAACAAUUUUACCUAAAGUACCGAAGAAAGAUUCUGAUCGCAGUUAUACUCCACCGCCUGUCAUUGCUAAAGAUAAGAUCGUAAAUUCAACAGACAAAACGCAACAUUUAGAUACUCUUGAAAAAUCAAUUACCAAUCCAUUGACAUCAAAUUCUUUUAAUAAAACACACGUCGGAAUGCCGAGAAAAAUAAUGGACAGUGCGACUAUUUCUAAAAUAGUUCCUGAACUUUCAGCUAAAAUCGAUUUGAAUUCUUCUGAAAAACCACUUAUGGAAAAAGAUGAUGAUGAUGAACCAUACAGCCCUGGUGAUAUUGAUGAUGACGCUGAUGAUAAAUUAUCAAAUUUAACUUCUUCUAAUAGUUUAAUAAAAACAAAUAAAGAUUCAAAUGAACUUCAAAGAAAAAUGGAUGAAAUAAAUCGUCAAAUUGAAGAACAGAAGCAACAGAUACAAAGUAUUAGUUCUUCUUUUCGUAGUGACCCUGUUCCUACGUUACCUGGUCUUGGACUUGAUCCUUCUGACACCAAUGACUCAAAUGAAGCGUACAGUCCUACGGAUGUACGUUCCUUUACUCCACCUCCUCAAGGUCUUGCUAAAUUUGCCCAACCGAUUCUUGAUAAGGUCUCAGAUAUCACAAUACCACCGAAUCUCCAAGAAAUUUUAGCUAACGUUAAGCGCCAAGAAUGUUCGAAAUUUGAUUCUUAUUUACCUUCAAAACCAAGUGCGUCAUUUUUGACUUCAAUUAAUUCAUUGAAUUAUCAAAAACUCGAAAAAGCCUACACCCCAACAGCUGUUGCUAAAGAAAAUAAAAGUACAUUACGAUCGUUGAGUGAUUUGGAUCUUAUUAAGAAAGCCGAAGAAGAACUUGCCGCAGUUGCAGCAGCUUCAGUAACCUCAGUACCAAAAAUACAGAGCUUCAAUCCUGUUCAGCCACUAGAAGUAGGCAGCUCGGAAUUUUCCACAUCAUCUAUGGAUUCCUCAGACACAAGUUAUCCUACUAAAGUUAUUGAAUCAGUACAAAUAAAUCGUAUUUCGGAACAACCAAAACCUCCGGGGCUUGAAGAUGAAGACCUUCCGACAUUCCCUUCUACUCCACCUACGUCUGAAGUUUCGCGAUUUAUGCUGGCAUCUCAAAAAGCUAUACCGCAAACUGGUACUGCUCUGUCUAUAAAACGUAAAGUUAGCGAUGAUGAUAGUUCUCUGUCACCUUCCAAAACAUCUAAAGUAAAGUCGAGAUGGGGUCAAGGACCUUCGGACUGAAUAUAAAUAAGUUUCAUUUGCUGUUUAAAUUUAUAAAUUAUUUAAGUAAGAUUAUUUUUUUAAAAAUUGGUCGUUUUUCAUAUCAAUCAUUUUUAAAUGAAUCAUUUAUAUAUUAUCAUUGUAAUUAUUUAUACCAGUUUUAUAAAACAUCAAGUACUGAGAAUACCACGAAACUUGAAUAAUGUCGGAUCAAGUAUUUUUUUCUGUAAAUAUUUAAAAAAGCAGCGGGAAAACAUAAGUAUGAUUUACUUAUUACUCUUAACUACGCUUGCGAUAAGAUUAUUUUUUGUUUGUAAAUAAUCUAAUUAAAAAAAAGAAUCAAAAAAAUAUGAGGAUAUAAAUAUUUUUCAUGUAUUGAUAUUUAAUAUUGAAAAUUAAUGAAAAUAAUAAACGACCGAAAUUACUGGGAAGAAAAAUUUGAUGUAAAUUAGCGUAGGGUAUUCUGAGAAUAAAACGUGGCUGUGUAUAUAUACUGAAUAAUAUUUAUAUAUUUGAAUUUAAUUAUCGAUAUUUGCUUAUUGAUUAUGACAAUAAUUUGUGUUUAAUCAUCGGUUUUUUAAAUUCAUUAAAUUCAUCCAUGCGUCAUUAUCUAGAGAAAUUAAUAAUAAAUUUUUAAUUAAUUGAACUAUCAUUUGCGUUACCAUUUUAUUUUAACGUAAUGAUAUAAUAGCGUAUGAUAUAAUUAAUAUAAUAAAUAUAUUAUAAUAAAUGUAUAAAUAAAUAAUUCCAAUUUAAUAUUGCUGUAGUUUAUGUAUAACAAAUUAAGUGACAAUGUAAACAAAUAAGUUUAAUU